UUUAAGUAAGUUAGACGGCACCGAAGAUGCCAGAAAAAGUAAGGCAGCCGCGUAGGGACGAUGCAUAUGGUCAGAAUUACUACAGAAACCAAUACAACAUCAGAGAUCCUAAUGAAAAGUCCAGAGGUCAAGAGGAACGGGGCAGGGGUUCUGCUGGUGACAGACAUAAGGAGUCAUCUGUUUACACGGAGCACCAUCAAACACCCUCAACAAUAAUGUCCAGAGAAAUGUCAGUGACUGAACCUGAACAGGAUAUUCAUAGAGAACGCAGAUCGGCUCUCUUCAACCUCAGAUACAUCCCAACAUCUAGAGGACUUUGCCAACUCAUGGAGAUCUUUGUUAAUCUCCUCAUAAUUAUCUGUGCUGGUGUACCUUAUGGCAACAAUGGUGGGUACCGUGACCUUGCCAGUCUGGGAGGGGUCUAUUACUAUCACUUUGGUGGAGCUAACGCCUUUACCGGAGCUGAUGACUGAAGGGUGAAAGCGCUGGACCGGUUGUUUCAUCAGUUGAAGAGGCCACCCUACAUCUUCGCCAUGGCCUGCGCGGGCUGCAUCAUGAUCUAUGCCUCUGUAAUGCUUUGUUUGGGGAUUUUCAGAGUGCCAUACCGCUGGCCUCCAGUGCUGCUUGGUGAGGCUCUACUGAACUUUCUCAUUGGCUUAGGUUACAUCCCAGCCCUGGCCUUCUAUUUUAUUAAACUGCAAGAGACCUACAGUAAUGCCAUUUGCAAAGAGAGAGAACAGAUGUACAAGAGCAAAGGCCAUAAUGGUUUUGAAUGUCAGUUUCAUGGGGCAGAUAUUGCAGGAGGUCUCUUUGGGGUGGUGGGGGUUUUUGUCUUCAUCUUUGGUGCUGUUUUGGCUGCCAAGGCUUUUAGGGCUGUGAGGGAACUAAAGAGCCAACGAAAAAAUGAGGAGAACAAUUAUUGAGUCUCUGAUCAAACAAAUGUUUAACAAUUUGAAGUUAAAUACUCAUUUAUAGUUGUAAGCCUUAAACGUUUUCAUU